UAAAAUCACUUUUGUAAAUUUCUAUUUGUCUAAAUGUCUUUGACCCUUAUACGGAUUUUUCUACAUAAAGCGAGAAACAUCAUUACCAUCACAUCAUUUUACUCAAUUCAAUUCAAGUGUGCUUUAUAGGCAUGACAAAAACUAUACAUUUGUAUUGCCAAAGCAAUUGCAGCUGUGCUGCUUACAAAUAGUGCAUAUAUGUAUUAACAGAAAAAAAAAAAAUAAUAAUAAUAGUAAUAAUAAUAAUAUAAAAGUAUUAAGCAUGUAAUGCAAAAUGAAUUACUAAUGUAUGUAAGUAUAUAAACUAGGGGGAAAAAUAUGAGGGAUUAGACAGAUUUACAGAAGCAAAAUGUACAAUGUAUCAUUUUACUCACUAUUAGCACAAUAAUGACGACCUAAGCGAGAGAGAGAGGUACAUAACACGCGGUGUGAACGUGAAGUGAUUAGUAAAAUAAGUGCAUACUCGGUGAUGUGUGAGAAUCCGGUUCGCGUUUUGCUCUGUGCCCGAGCGCUAUUGUGAGAGUGCCAGUCCUGCCAAAACCAGACACAAGCGAGUGUGUGUUUAGAAACUACCGACAACUAAACAACUACGAGAAUGAACGACCCAGAGGACGUUAGAUGAGGUGUGAACACUGUAAAGUGUGCCUGUAAUGGAAGGGGAACCUACAUUAGAUCUGUGUCACCUGACUGAGGUGGAGCAAACUGUAAUUCUCAAUGUUCUGCUGAGAGAUGCUGAACUACGCAGCAAAGAGGAAGGGAGAGUACGAAAGCUUCAGCAGACGGUGUCAGACCCCGUCCGCCUGCGCUCUCUCUCGGGCGCGUGGUUUCAGGAAGAGCGCGCUAAGAGAUAUGAGAAGGGAGGAGCUGAUGUCGUGCAUUCCUCAACGCGUAAACGACGUGAAAAAGAUAUACCCUUAACGGCAAUAUUUGGUGAAGAAAAAGGGCAUAACUGUUCUCAAUUACAUGAGCAGAGAGAGGAAGAAAAGAGUACAGAAUUGCAGGAAAAUAUAAGUGUAAGAGAGGAUGACAAGGGUCAGGAAGAGAAGGAAAGAGAAAAAGAAGAUGGAGAAAGUGUCAUUCCUAAGCUAACCCCUGAACCACAAUCCAGGACAAGACACAUCACAAAGAAGAACGCAGCGAUAGGAAAUGGUCUUGAAGGAAGUUUUGGAGAGCCAGCAGACAAAGAAAGGAGAAUUUUGCCAAGUGCAUCACCAUCUCUGCAGAUCGACUCAGAGGGGGACAUUGACUCUGGCAGCACUGAACUAGACUACACUAGGUUUGGCUCAGUUAGCAGCUUGACCUCCCAUCAUAUGAUGAAUGGCAGUUUGAUGAGCCUGUACAGUGUGGGCGAUUUCGGGGAUGUUGUCGUAUCAGGGCGGAUCCAGUUCUCUUUGCAGUAUGACGUCAAGAAGGAGGAGCUUCAUGUGCACAUAAUGCGCUGCCAAGACCUUGCGUCGGCCCGCAAAAAUCGAUCGGACCCAUAUGUUAAAGUUUACCUUCUCCCCGACAACACCUCCCGCAGUAAGAAAAAAACUGCAGUGAGGAGGAAAACAUUAAAUCCAGUCUAUGAUGAAACCAUGAAAUACAAAGUGCGCAGACUGGACCUCCAGGCUCGUGUGUUGAGUGUGUCAGUCUGGCACAUGGAAGUGAGGAGAAACCUCUUCCUGGGCGAGGUGGAAGUGAGGCUGGGUCAGUGGAACUGGAGCCAGAGCCAACCAACCUGGCACAACCUCCAGCCAAGAGUUCAGUUAAGUCCAGAUGCCAUCAUCAGCAGAGGAACCAUUCUGUUCUCAAUUAAGUUUGUUCCUCCGGGUUCAGAAGGAAAUGGAUAUCCACUGACUGGUGAGCUCCAUAUAUGGUUGAGAGAGAUUGUUGGUCUACUUCCCACAAAGCGUGGCGCACCCAAUACAUAUGUGAAAAGUGUGGUGUUACCAGAUGAAAGUGGCAUCAGUGGCCAGCAGACUCGGCCGGUGCGAGGUUCUGUCAAUCCGGUGUUCAAUCACACCAUGGUUUAUGACGGGUUUCAGUCCAGUGACCUCAUUCAGGCGUGUGCAGAGAUAACGGUCUGGAAUCUACAUCCCUCCAGCUGUCUGGGUGGAGUACGACUCAGCACAGGCUCAGGAGUGAGUUACGGUCAGUCAGUUUGCUGGAUGGAUUCUACAGAAGAUGAGAUCAGUGUGUGGUCAAGUGUGAUUCAGAGCCCCAGCAGCUGGGUGGACACUAGUCUGCCAAUCAGAACCAACUUACAGCUCUGCUCUGAGUGAACUUUGUUUAACAUAUGCAGAUUCACCAUGUGACUUUGGUUGCAAGACAUUUUGAGUAAAGACUGGAAUACACUACACAGAUUUUUGAUCUGAUUUGCUGUCUGGACGAGUUGACACUAGCUGCCAAAAGUCAGAGCCAGUCUUCAGAUUAUAGGCAGUCGGAGUUGACAGAUUUCAUCAUGUACGAUGGGCACAGAUUUUUAGCUUUAGACUAGGAUACCAUCCAGUUGGAGGAUAUCAACCAUGUUUCAUUUAAACACGUCAUGGUGCAUCACAUCCUUAUCUGACUUAUGUAAGCAAUUCACCUCCAAAUACUGUAGCAAUCUGUAGAACAUCCUCCACUACAUACAAUUCUAAAAGGGAAUAGAAACAAUCAAACAUAAUUUGCAUAUGUAGUGGAUUUGUUACAAAACAGUCCUCACACAUUUCUUUGAGUAUGUUGCCAACAUAUAUGAUGAGUUUGUCAUGCAGAUCUGAGGGAGAAAAAUGAGAAUUCAUUGUCUUAACAAAUAGUUCAACUAACUUAAACUGUUUUCUUGUGAGAAUAGUGGUAUUUUCAUCUUUUGAAUAAUUACAUUAAUGAAUGGAGUAUCUGCAUUUUUAAAGGGUUAGUUCACCCAAAAAUGAAAAUUCGGUCAUUUAUUACUCACCCUUCAUGUCAUUCCACAACCGUAAGACCUU